AUGCACUAAUACUGUGGUCACCGCAAAGGUGAUGCACUCCCAACGCCUGCGAGAAGCGCCACUCAAUCCCUGGGCCAUCAUCGAGUCAUCUGGGGCUAUAUCCUCUGCUCACUGCACCUGUAUGGCGGGCAUAGGAGAAUCUUGUACACAUGUUGCUGCUAUGCUGUUUAAGUUGGAGGUAAUUGUCAGAUGCAGAGAGACAGUGACAGUGACUGGCAGACCAGCAUACUGGAUGAUUCCAGGUAAUCUUUCUAAAGUGGUACCAGAGCCUGGAUAUAAAAUUGAUUUCACAAGUUCAAAGGCAAAAAGAAAGACUCUGAACAGACUCCUGGAAGGAGGGACUGUAGCUGCACCUGGCAUCAGGACAAAACGCACAAAGACAACUAGUACUGUGUCAAAUGAGCAGUUGGACUCCUUUUUUAGGGCAAUUCACAAGGCAUCACCACAAGCUGCUGUGCUAUCAUGUUUGCCUGAAUAUUGUGAAGCAUUUAUUGACCAGGUCCAACCAUUAACUGUGCCACGUACCCUUCACUCUCUACGUGAUGCGACAAUGGAUGGCAAGGAUAUAUCUGUUUUGCGCAAGCACUGCGAAUCACUUGUUAGUAGGACCUCACUUUCAAACAAGCAAGCUGAAUACAUAGAAUGUAAUACAAGAAAGCAAAACAAAUCUUUAACAUGGCAUCACUAUCGUGCUGGGAGGGUAACAGCAUCUAACAUGCAUUCAGUUUAUGUAGCAAAUCUGGACAAACCUUCACAGUCUGUUAUUAAUGCUGUGUGCUAUCCUACAAAUGAAACAAACAGCUCUAGUGCUAUUGCAUGGGGGAGACAAAAUGAGGACGGUGCCAGGGAAAUGUACAGACUACAGUCUAACAGAGAUCACGUUGGUUUUGAGGUGACACAGUGUGGUUUUUUUGUGAACCCAAAGUUUCCAGAGGUAGGAGCAUCACCUGACGGCCUUGUACAUUGCAUCUGUUGUGGCCGAGGAUGUAUUGAAAUUAAAUGCUCAUAUAAGUACCGUGACCUAACGGUGAUUGAGGCUUGCAAUAGCUCUGACAGGAACUUCUGUUUGGAAUUACAUGAAGGGGAGAUGCGUUUGAAGCCAGAGCACCCCUAUUAUAAACAGGUGCAAACUCAGAUUUUUGUUACCGAGACUGAAUACUGUGAUUUUGUUAUGUGGACAAAAAAAGACCUGGCUGUGAUACGAGUUGCACCAGACCUGGAGCUUUGGACAGCUAUCCUUGAGAAGGCAAAACAAUUCUUUGUAUGUGUGAGUCUCCCUGAGCUUGUAAGCUGCCAUUUCACCAAGACAUUAAACAGUCCUGCACUAAAUGAGAUUCCCCUUUUAGCUUGUAAUAACAAAACACCACAAACAUCAGACACAGUACCACAGAAAAAAUGUAAGCGAAAAAGUGUUGAAAAGUUAUGGUGUACUUGUCGUUGUCCAGAGAGCAAAGACAAUAUGGUCGCCUGUGACAAUGACAACUGUAAAAUUGUUUGGUUCCAUCUAAGUUGUGUGGGUCUGCAGCUUACACCUGCACAAGAAGAGACAUGGUUCUGUUCUUCAUGUACCAAUAAAAUGUAAUUUACUAUCUUAUUUUGCUUAAUAAAGAUGGCUUUAC